AGCUUGUGAUUUCUAUAAAUUUAUUGUCAAUCCUUUGCGUUUUCAACAAUUACAUUCCGAAACCAAGUGUACUUGGUUAUUGCUGAUUAACGAAUAUAAUGUUUAAUACGUUAAAAUUUAUUCUCGAAUUUCGUUGAUAAAUUACUUUUACUUGUAUUAGAAUUUUUAAUAAAUAAAACCAUCAUGGAUGAUCUUCAAACUCUGAAAGACGCUUUCCAAAAAUCCAAUCAAUUAUUGCAAAAUGCGCAGACUGGCCCAUCAUCAGGCAGAGUUCCACCACCAAUUCCUAUGACACCAAUACCUCCCUUGAUGACAUCUACUACUGCAAACAAUAUGAUGCCAAGAAAUUUUAGAAGAGUUCCUAGUCAAAUGCAUUAUAUGUCUCCUACUACUAGUACCGGAUACGGUGGUGCUGGAUAUGGUGGUACAUACAAUAGCUAUCCAUACAGAUCUUAUAUGAACAUGAACAUGGGUGGAUAUAAUCCUUAUAAUUCAUAUGGACAACCCAUGACUAAUCAAUUUCAAAACCCUGUUAUCAUUGCAGCAGCAGAAAAUUCUCGUCCUGCUUUUGAAUCAAUACAGUCUGUUGUCCAAUCUUUCAACGCUGUCAGUAUGAUGUUGGAUUCCACAUUGACUGCAAUGCAAAUGUCUUUCCAAGCAUUGUUAGGUGUAGCAGAGAAUUUCACUCGUCUAAGAUCAUUUAUGAUGAAAUUGUAUUCAACCAUUGUAUCAUUUAAAUUGGCUCGAUGGUUUUUGACCAAACUGUUGUAUUUAUUAAGAUUGGUAAGGGGAGAUAGAAGAUCAAUUUCUGAAGAAGACUUAUGGGUUUCUUUAUCUGCUACUACUCCAGAAGAAUCGUUUUCUUCUGAUAAUCGAUCUUGGCCAUUGAUAGUUUUUACAGGCUUACUAGUUACUACACCUUAUUUGAUGUACAAAUUCCUCAACUCAAUUACCCCUAUAUCCAGCACUUUGCCUACCUUGAAUGCAAAUACAACUUUGGCAGAUUCUACAACUACUUCAAGAGAAAGUUUAAAUGUUGCUUUUAAAGCACCAAAUGACUGGAGUUACCCUGAUUCAAAAACAAUGCGCUUAGUUAAAGGACAAACUUAUUUUACAUCAAAAUCAAGGAUAUUAUUUUGUUCUCAAAAUGGUGGAUGGCUUUUGGUUGAUGACUCUCAUGGAAAUCAAGGUUAUGUACCUUUAUCAGUGGUGAAACCACGUAAAAUUGAUAAACCACCAUCACAAUCUUUAGAAACCGAAAUCUCCAAUGAUAUAACAACAACUAUUCCAUCAAUGGUUCCUGAACAGGCUCAACCUACAAUAAUAAAAAUGCCAAUUACAGAUGUGCAUGAUAAUCCAAUUUCUCUACCACACCAAUUAAAAGAUUCUAAUGAAUUGGAAAAAAAUAAAAAGUGAUUAUCAAAAAAAAUGUUUAUAAUUUAACAGUUU